AUGUUGAUUCUUUCUUAUUCUAAUAAUCUUUGUAACGAAAAGGAAAAUGGAGAUCCUCGUCGAAUGUAUCGACUAAUUGAAUUUAUUCGUACAUUGAUGCACAAUCAAACAAAAACUAAUACAUUGACUGAAACAUCACGCUGGUGUCUUAUACAGCAAUUGCAUAUUUUUCAAUGGAGAAUUCCAUCGAUUUGGAAUGCUAUUAGUGAACAUGCCAAAGAUCUUCUCGAUCAUAAUUUCAAAAAUGUACGAGAUCGAGUUGCUAAUGUGUUAUCAAUAUCGCUCAGCUUCGAUAUGACAUUAUUCAAUGGAAAAUCAACACGUCAAUUGAAUGUCGAUCAUUUCAUCGAUGCUAUACGUGAACGAUUGCAAGGAGCUAUUGAAAUUUAUGAAAAGGCUCCUUUGAUGAAUAUUUCCGAUAAAGUCAUUGAAAUCGAUAUCGAAGCUCGCAAAGCAUUAAACUUCAUUGAAACAGGUAGAAUUAUAAUAUCAUUUUGUUUUUUUUACUAA